GCUGGAGCCCCCACGGUGGAGUGGUGGUGUUGUGGUCUGGUCGAGGUAUGGUGUUAUGAACCUUAAUUGUCCGCCUCUCCACACCUCAAUCAUGUCUAGAAGGAAAGAAUCCAAGAUGGAAAGGAUUCGGGCCGAAGAAGACGAACUUGACAGGAGGUUGCAAGAGGCUGGGAUGUAUGAGGAUGGAAUGGAUGUUGAGAUGAAGAAAAUUAUGCUACAGACACUAGAGGAGUCGAGAAAGUCAGCCCAGGAGGAGGAACAUCAGCGGAAACAAUGGGAAAAACAAGAGGUGCAGAUCUACAAGGACACUCUCAACAAAUCCUUUAACAAAAACACAGAGAAAAACUGUCAUGCUGAAGUUGGUUGUAAUGAAGAGCAUGGAAAUGAAGAAAAUUCAGGCGACUCUGAUGUGGUGGCUCUUCCGCCAGAAGAUGGAGCCGAUACAAACUGCCUCUCAGGUAGUGGUUAUGUUACUCCUGAUUUGGACCUUCUCCGUUCAGGGUCCCCAGAAUUGUUGGUAUCAAGUGAGUCUCCUUCACCUUCUUGUUCCUUAACUAGCUCGGCACCUAUUGCGACUAGGCCUAACAGCCAGCCUUCAGUAAGUACAGUGGGAGGAUCUCAAGCUCAACCUCGUGGGUCUGAGGAGGACUUGUUUUGUGAUUUACAAACUUUGGAAACUUCAAGUGUACCAAAAACUCCCAAGAGAAAUUCUCAGCAAAUAUGCAAGAUGAAUGAGAGCAAUUCUCAAGGAAAUGAAAUGAAACUAUGUACAAUGUCUGCUACCAACCAGGAAGCUGUUGAAGUAGAAGAACAGGAGGCAAAUAAUAUUACAAGUAGCAUUACAAAAGGUAGAAAAGCUUUACAAAAUAACUGUCAAAUUGAGCCUAGACGAUCAUUAAGGUCGUCUAGUAUAGAAAUAGUUCCAUCACAAAGUGCCAAGUCGGAUAAAGGUCUCGACCAGAUAAAUCGCCUCUCUCAGCCUCUUCCCUGUAAUACCAGAAACAGUUGGCAAGAGGGAUAUGAAGAAGAUGAUGGGGUACAGUUAUUGUCUCCAAUUAUUGGUCAGAAGAAAAUAUUAGAAGGUCUUGCCUCAUCUAAUAGUACCAGAGAGAAGAUACAAAAUUUGCAGGAUGCAAAGGUGUCCAACACUCUUGAGGUACAGUCAAUACAGCAUACAAUAGAGGCUACAAUUGAUGAUGAUGAUGAUGAUUUUAUACUUCCUACACCAGGUGCAUCUCUGAGCACCGAAGCUAAUAGAUUACAAUCUUCAUUUCCAGUUGAUUCACGACAUGGAGAAUCUCGGAACAAAUUGCAGAAACCUGAAAUGUCAGCAAAAGGAAUCUCCACAGAGGAUGAAAACAUAAUGAUACAGAGUACUUCACAAGACGUUAACUCUUCACCUAUGAAUAGUAGUUCUAAACUAUGUGACAAGGUAAAAGAACAUACAUCGUGUGCAAACAUGGAUUUAUCAGAUAAUGAAGAAAAUCUUAGUUAUAACUUUAAAAGUGAUAGAAAAAGAAAGGUAAAUGUAUUCUUUAUUGAAGAUAAUCCUGAUGUCCCUCUCAAGAGGAGGCGACUGGAGGAGGAAGAACCAUCUAAGGCCUACUUUAGAAGCAGGAAAGAGCCAGCAAAGGAUUGUGUUUUAAGAAUUUUGAACAUGAUUAAUGCCAUGAUGAAAAGCGUUGGGGAAUAUCAGAGUAAACACAUUAGGGAUAAAAUGAAAUGGUCAUUCCCACUUACAGUAGAUAGAAGAUUGAAGGACUCCUUAGAGCGUUCAAAAAUACAAACUCGAAAACAUGGUCUAGAUUUAGAUGCUUGUUCAGAAAAUGUUAUCCAGCAUAGGACUCUUAGGAAUGCUCAUAAAGCAACUGAUUCUUAUGAAGUGGAAUCUCAGAUAUCAGAAGAUUCUUUACCUGAUAUUUGCAUGAAUGAUGGAAAUUGGAUUGAUGUUCAAGGAAAGAAGGAAAGAAGAAAGAGAGGAUUGCAUUUAGGUCUUGGUCGCAAACAAUCAAAACAUUCAGGAUUAUUAAGUAGAAAAGAUAAGUUGUUUAAUAGUAGUCAGGAUUAUGAGAAAAGCUUUGUGUAUGAGUCGGAUGAAGCUGAGGAUUUUGAAAUUUUCCCAUCUAGUUCGCAGCGUAAACAUUCUUCGCGUGGUCGGAUAGAAAUUGAUAAAUCUUCAGUGCCAAAGGACACAAGCACAGAAUGCACAGAAGUUUUGUCCUCUAAGAUGCAUCACAGUGAAGUUGAGAAAAAUAUUGAAGCAGUUGGUACCACAGAAGACAUUGAAGUAGAAAGCCACUUAUCUGGAGAUGAAGAUUUAUUAGAUGUAAACUCAAAAGUAACACCUAAUAAUAAGAGGAGAAAGGUUGAAUCCUUGGAACAAUCAGACACAUUUGCUGUAAACAAACAGUGUUCUGCUGUGGAAAAUAAACGUAAGCGGCCCAUGAGAAGAACAUUUAUCUUAUCUGAUGAUAAAUCUUUUGAUAUUGCUGAGCCCAGCACAUCAUCAGCUCAGAAUGUAGAAACAUCAAAGAUAACAAAUCUAGCUUCUGAUGUACAACUGACAACUGAACAGCUGGCAUGCCAGCGCAUGAGUCCACUAAGUAAAUCAGUGGCCAAAGACUCUGGAAACUGUUUAAAAUCAUCUAAUAAGAAAGAUUAUUGUGGAAAAAAAGUCGAUAUCCAAAAUUGUGUAAGCUCUUCUGGAGGCAAAGAUGACCAAUUAAACGUUGGACGAAGCAGUAACGUUGAAAUUUGUAUUGUGGAAGACAACCCCUCAGUUGGUACUAGUGGCUUCAACUUGACCAGAGGUGCCAAUAAAGAAUCUAGAAGAGGUAAACCUGUUCAAGACCAGAUUCGGCCUGCCCCCCUUAGACUGAAGAAAAAUUGUCUUAAAAACACAGGUGAAAUUGAAGUCUCAAAGAACCAGUUUGCAGUAUCAAGUGGAGCUCAACAGAUUGCUUCUGGUGUUGGAGCAACAAGUCAGAGGUUAAAUGAUGAUGAUCAAGCUCGUAGUAUUGAAAGGGAGGAAGACAGUGAUGGAGAAACGGUGCCUUGUCCUCUUUGUCUGAAAACAUUUCCACGUGAACAAAUUGAGGUUCAUGCAUCAGAUUGUUCAGAGAUCCCAGAAAGUCCACAGAAGCAACCAAAGGAAGUAAGCAGAAGAGUGAACAGAAAGCAAAAUCAGAGAGGACAUUUGGUAGAGGAGGUGGAGGUUGAACACAUAGCUGAAAAUACAAAAUCAUCAGGUAGCACCAAGUUGGAAAAUACACGGACUCCAACUGGGCAUGAGAGAUGCCUAAUUUGCAAAAAGACAUUCAAAGAAGGCGGAGACUACCUUAUUCACGUGAAUGCCUGUAAACGCAUGGAGGAUAUAAAAGACAGCAUUGUUUCUCCAAUGGCAAGCAGGACUCCAGGGAAUAAAAGCGGAAACCCAGAAGGGAGUGCACGUACUCCAGACCGCGGGAUAGGAAGACCCAGACCUAAUGUUAGAACUGGAAGUCUAUUCGAACACCUUGAAGGUAACUUGGAGUUCAUUAAUGGGGACAUUACUGACCCUGCAUAUAGAAGCCCCAACAUAGCGCUGGUACAAAUACUCAACUGUGUAGCUGUUAAACCUCAUGGACUCUCUCAGAUUCUUGCUGAAAUCUAUCCAUACUGUGGUUCCUAUACACGACGCCGUGCAAUAGGCACUCUAAACCGUGCUGUACUUGAAGAUAGACCACAACCAGGAAAUAUUGAGAUUUGCCAUCCUGACACUGUAACAAAAGGACCAGCAGUUGUAAAUGUUUUUGGCCAGUUUUAUAUGGGGAAGGAGAAAAAUCGAAACCUUUAUACCAAAAGACUCAUACAGCAGUUGCAGUCGUGUAUGGAUGUUGGACCUAAAAGAGCCUAUAAAGGAAAGGAUCCUAGAUAUUUAGAACCAUUUGAUCAUCAACUUUUGUCAGGCCUUUUAGAUGAUACAUCAAAAAACAGGAUUUAUUGGUUUUGUGAAGGUCUAAAUAAAUUAGCAGUGCAAGUACCUAAUGGAAAAUUCAGUUUGAUAAUUUUUCCAUCGGGAAUUGGGUGUGGGUUGGCUGGUGGAAACUGGGAAAGAGACUACUUGCCAGCAAUUAAAAUGUUUUCUAGACAGGUCUACCACUUUGGUAUCAGAGUUAAAAUUGUGCGCAAAAUUAUGCCACGGGCAUCAGAUAGUGAAAUAGCAAUCAUUGGAACAAUGAAAAGAACAGUUAAACCCCCUAAAUAAGAUGCCUACUUAUAUUAAAGUGUCAUAAGCCGAUGCUUCAUAUUGCCUUAUUUUCUUGUAGGCCAGUAAUGUCAUGAUGAAUUUAUACAAAUUAGCAAAUUUAGGGAGUUUAAAAUGAGUGAUGCUUUGGCAGUGUAAAUAUUGUUAACUAGUAGUGCAGGUUUCAGUAGUUGAGAGGCAUCAAAUAAGUCAUUGAUAUGCAGUAUCUUACCUUUUAGUUACCUUUCAUUGUGAAGAUCAACAUCUGUGCAGCUUUUGUCUCUGCCAAGGCUUCCUGGUUGAUGGUCUGGUCAACCAGGUGUUGGACGCAGCUACUCACAGCUCACGUGUGAGUCACAACCUGGUUGAUCAGGAAUCAUUUGGAGGGGGUUUAUCAAAUUCUCUUUUUGAACACUGUGAGAGGUUGGCCAGUUAUGCACCUUAUGUUUAGAGGGAGAUGUUGAAAAGUAAUGGGCCCUUGAUGUUGAUAGUUCUCUCUCGCAAAUACCUAUUUCGAUUUAUUUUGCAUAUCCUGUCGUGCCUUCUGGUCUCGUGGCGAGUUAUUUCCAUAUGCAGAUUUGGAACUAGUCCUAAAUGUACAGUACUGUAUAUUACAAAUAUAAGAAGUCUUAGCAUACACUCUUGGGUAAAUGGGUGAGUAAGAAAGAUAAUGUUAUUGGUGGCUAUUGUUUUAAGUAUGGCCAGUUACAGUUUAAGAGUGACUUUUAAUUUCAUGCUGCUGCAGUUUUAAGUAGAUUUAAGUAGAUGGUUAUUGUGAUUUAGUAGCUUCAAGGACUUUUCUUAGGUCAGUGACGAGGCUAAUUACUGUACAUAUUAAUUUUUGUUGUGCAUCGUUAGUGCUAUUAUAAGAUUGCAACCAGUUGAAAUAAGUGCUGUGCUUACCUAUCAGACUACAUUGAGAUCUAUUUCUUUAUGCUCUGCCGCUUAGCUCUUUAUACCUGAUGCACUAAUUGCUUCUCUCAACAUUAACAUUUUCAUCAUAUUUUUCCUUAAAUUUGUGGAUGGAAUUGGCUUCAGCAACCUCCUCUUUUAAUGUAUUUUACUAAUAGAUUAAUCUAUUAUAUUUAGAUUAAUCAUUUUAAUCCUUUAACCUUGACACUGAACAGGCUGCAGUAGUAUAAUUGAACUGCAUUAAUUUUCACAACUCAUUACUAACCUACCAGGGGCCGGAGUCACAAAGCAGUUAUGCAAGCACUUACGAACCUUACAUCUUUUCUCAAUCUUUGGAAGCUUUAGCCUUUGAAGCUCAUUAAACAAUUAAUGAGCUCUGAAGCACCAGGAGGCUGUUUAUAACAACAACAACCACUUGAUUAGGAAAUUUUCAUACUUGUAAACUAAAUCCGUCAAAAAUUGAUGAGAUGUACACGUUUAUAAGUACAGUACAGUACAGUACAGUACUUGCAUACCUGCUUCAUGAAUCGGGCCCCAGACAUCUUGAGAAAAGUGCUAUGACAUAAUAAGACACAAAAUAUUCUUCUUAAUGACUUUGUUAAUGGUUAUUGUUGAUAUGUAUAGUACAGUAUCACUAAAAUUAUAUUAUGUGCUGUCCAUAAUUUUCUCUUGAUAGGUUGCACACAAUGUGAUAACCACUGUAUGUUAUAAGAUGGAUUAUUUUAUAUACACAAGCUAGUGUCAUGAAUGCUCAGCAUAUGUAUCUAUAUGCUGCUGGGUAUAUAUUUUUGGGUUGUAAGAAAAAAUACAAUAAAUCUGUUUUAAUAUACUGUACCAAACCAAAAUUUAUCUAGUAACUAGGGGUAAUUUCUCAGCUUUAAAAUAAUUGAAGAUAAAUAAUAUGACAAGAUAUCAUCACCUGGUUCCUACUUCUAUUUUCAUUAGUUAAUCCUUUGUUGUGUUUAAUGUUUUGUUGUUUUUGUUGUAUUCCAUACAAGUUUACUUAGCUAAUACAGUAAUAAUAUUCACCAAAUUAUUUUCAAGGUGCACCUGUAGUCUUUUGUAUCAGAGUUUAUACAAUAAUAUCACAAAUGCAAUUAACCUGUGCUUGAGUUGUAUAUGUACAGUUAUAAAUGGUUACGGUAAAUUAAGACGAGUACUGUACUGUAUAGUGCAAAGUUGUUCUCAGAUAUUUGUAGUAUGCAGUGAGAAACAGUGAUGCUUAAGGUUGUACAUGGGGUGGCACUGAUGUGUAGUCUAACAGAUUUAGUUUAUAAUGGCACGGUCUGGUUUCUUGUCCAGUUUAAUGAAUAUUAGUAUGGAACACACAAAUUAGUGAGUACGACUGAUUCCUUUUGGCUCAUAUGAGACAGGUCCUAUUUAAGUCCACCCACAUCUGGCCCACGUACAGUCACGGUCAGAAGCCUUUUUCAUGGAUAGGAAAGGGUGUGGGGUGUGUGUUAUACUUUGCAACACUGCUUUUUGAGGUGCCAUGUUGCUUAAAAAAUUACCACAUUUUGUUUUAGCAUUAUCAAGUUAAAUUUACAUUAUAUUGUUGAGGAAAACUGUUCUUUAGUGUUAAUAAUUUAAAUGAAUGCUAGUUGAUAUCAUAAUUCUUUUUUUGUGAUGAAUUAGAGCAUAUUAUCAAAUAUAAUCCAGGGAGCAUGUAGCACAAACCGGGGAGUCCAUUGACAAAAAUAAAUAAGCAGUAUUGAAUGAAUGAAAGCCCAGGUCACCUGUGUCAAUGAUUACUGUUGGAUCUUCAGAUUGUUAUAUGUUGUUGUUAUACUAUUAUAAUAUUAUCACUAAUUAUAUAAGUACUCUUUAUUUCAUUAUGCACACCUAGUACUUACAUACCAAUACAAUUUUUUACUGUGAAUGUCUUUAUUUGUGUUUAAGCUGUUUUAUUGGCUAAUAAAAGUGCAAAGGGCA